AAUUCAGUUUAAUAAAACAAUUCGCCUAGUUUGGGUGUGGCGAUAUAACGGUGUAGAAUAAAAGCGGCGAGAAAUAUUUAUAUAUAUAUACAUUUCUAAGUCUGAAGACAUUCUAGUUUUUUUAUAUUACGAUUUGUUUCUUAAAAUUUAUUGUAUGAAAUGCAUUCUAAUGUCGGUUUUAUAGACAAAUUGCGUUGGCGUUUAAACGUGCUUGGAAAUAAAUAUGCCCAAUACCGCUUAACCACAAACGAGACCGCUGUAGUUGACACCGAAUAUGGCAAAGUAAAAGGCAUCAAGCGGAGAACAAUGUACGAAGUGCCAUAUUAUAGCUUCGAGGGCGUCCCCUAUGCUAAGCCACCGGUAGGCGAGCUACGUUUCAAAGCGCCUGAACGACCAGAGCCAUGGACUGGUGUACUAGAUUGUCUGCAUCCAAAAGACCGGGCCGUGCAAUUACAUUUAAUAACAAAUAAUGCAGAAGGUUCGGAAGAUUGCCUCUACUUGAAUGUGUAUGCGAAGAAUUUAGAACGCGAUAAGCCACAACCCGUUUUGGUUUGGAUACACGGUGGUGGUUUUGUUACUGGUGAAGCGAACCGUGAUUGGUAUGGACCAGAAUAUUUCAUGGAGAAAGAUGUGAUAUUGGUUACAGUGCAAUAUCGGUUGGGCGUUUUCGGUUUUCUUACACUCAACGCACCGGAGUUGAAUAUACCUGGUAAUGCUGGUUUGAAAGAUCAAGUGUUAGCACUAAAGUGGAUUAAAAAUAAUAUAGCCCACUUUGGUGGUGAUCCAAAUUGCAUAACCGUAUUCGGUGAAAGUGCUGGUGCUGCCUCAACACAUUAUCUCGGCAUAACUGAACAAACCAGAGGUCUAUUUCAUCGCGCUAUUUUAAUGUCUGGCACUGCUAUUGCUUCUUGGGCGCACAAUGGUCAGGAGCGUCAUGCUUAUCCACUUGCCAAGCUAGCCGGUUUUAAGGGGGAACAUGAUGAGCAGCAUGUCUUGGAAUAUCUAAAAAAAUGCAAAGCGACCGAUCUGGCACAGUUGGAGCAGAAAGUGCUGGCCACCGUUGAGUUAAAACGUAAAAUAUUGUUUCCUUUUGCUCCUUGUGUAGAACCAUAUGAAACACCGGACUGUGUAAUUCCAAAGAAUCCACGUGAACUAAUGAGAACAGCCUGGAGUAAUUCAAUACCCAUACUGGCGGGUCAUACUUCAGCGGAGGGCUUAGUAAUGGUGCCAUUUUUUAAAGCAAUGCCAAGUUUUCUGAAUGAAUUGGAAACGUGCCGUAGCUUCGUACCAUAUGAAGUUGUGGAUGACGUGGAUAUCGCGGAAAAUGCUGCGAAGCUGAAAAAAAUGCAUGCCGACAGUGCAGACCUUUCAGCUGACGAAUAUAUAGAUAUCAACGCCUAUUGGCUUUUCCACUUUCCUCUUCAUCGUGUACUGCUCUCGCGUUUGUCUAACGCCACGUCUGUGCCCACAUAUCUGUACCGCUUCGACUAUGACUCGGAAAAAUUACCAUAUCCCAGCCGUAUUUGGCGUUUAGGUCGUGGUCUGAAGGGCGUUGCUCAUGGCGAUGAGCUAGCUUAUCUCUUCUCGCAUGCAAUGACCAACGUAGUCUCCAAGGAGAGUCCUGAAUAUCGUACAAUCCAACGCAUGGUUGGCAUUUGGACUCAAUUUGCCACAACUGGUAAUCCAAAUGAUAAGCAUAUCUAUGGCAUGGAGUCACUUACAUGGGAACCCGUCCGUACACCUGAACCAGCUUACAAGUGUUUGAAUAUUGGUGAGGAGCUAAAAAUCAUAAAUUGGCCAGAAAUGGAAAAGGCUAAGGUCUGGGCGACUACCUAUGAUCGAAAUAAGGAUUUAUUGUUUUAAGUAUGUGUGUGUAUAAUAAAACUUAUAAUUGUGGUAGGCGCAUGGUGUUAGUAGUUAUUUCUUAUGCUAAUGAUAUUGUAAAUCUAAAAGUAAUAUAUAUUUGACUCCAUUAUAUUAUAUGUAUAGAUAUUAUACAAUAUAUGUAUCUACACUUGACUUAAACUUUAGCGAAAACUAUCAUUAGAGGAUAUUUUCCGUUAUAUUGCCUUAUUUUUAGAAAAUUUCAUAAAUAUAGCGCUUAAAAAUAUUGAAAGAUG